AAAUUAUGUAAUCAUCAAAUCCCUAGAUUAUAUAUGCAGUGGUUGUUAGAGGUUCAAAUGUUGUUUUAUCAGAAUAUUCAAUAGCUAAAGGUAACUAUAUCGCAUUCGCUAAAACAAUUAUUUCUAAAGUAAAUUGAUAAUAUUAUAAUUAAAAAAGGUAAACUAAUAAAAUGCAAAAAAAUCAUUCAAUUAUGAAUAAUAUGAGUUUCAUAUUUUAGUAGAGGAUGGAUUUUCAUUUUUGAUUAUGGCAGAGAAAGGUUUAAAAAUGAGAAUUGCUUUUGCUUGUUUAGAGGAUAUGAAAUUAAAAUUUUUCUAAAUGUUUUAACCAUAACAAAGAGAUUCAGCUAUAUCAUAUGGGUUAAACAGUUUGUUUUCAAUAGUAAGAAUAUGUUUCAUUCUAUUAAAGGAACAAAAAAAUAAAAUUGAAUAUUAUAAUUCUCCCUAGGCAGAUAAAUUAAGAAUGGUUUCUGAUAACAUACAGUAAACCAAAGAAGUAAUGAUGGAGAAUCUAGAUAAAUUAUUAGAAAGAGGAGAGAAAAUAGAUAUUCUUGUAGAGAAAACCAACGUAAUGGUUAAGUAAAAAUUUGAUUAGCCUUAGUAUUUCAACAAGUAUGAAAGAAAAUGCUACAACAUUGAGAAGACAAAUGUGGUGGAGAAACAAAAAAAUGACAAUCAUAUUAGUAUUAGUAGGUUUGUUAGCUAUUUACAUAAUAAUGGUAAUUGCAUGUGGAGGAUUUGCUAUGCAUAGAUGCUUUGGUAGCGAUUGAUUUAUUAAUAAUAAUAAAUAUAAUUAAUUAAUAGAGAG